AUGUUGAGGGCUGAUGCGAUUUGCGUGGUUGAACCACCUGCUCGUGCUGAUUCACCUGCUCGAGAGCGCCCGGGACAGAGACUCCGUCGCUUUGCUCUUGGCCAAGAUUUGCCGUUGCAAGUUGAUGCCAAGGCCUCUUGCGCUGCUGCCGUCCGCAGUGCCAAAGCCGCUGCCAAGGAGGCAGGCCAACACAUUGCUUCAAGCACGGCCGCUUUGGCAGAAAAGUCAGAAGGGCAUGCAGAAGAGAGCUGCCACAAGCUCAUUGACCAAUAUGGUCUUGCCUUGGAACUUCCCAUGACCAUGGUUGAGCUUCAUGAUGGCAAUGAGAAGUACCCUGUGGUUCUUAGACCCAACCACACAGUGUUUGCCCUUGAACGGGAAAAGGGCCUGGUGCUGAGCCGCGUUCUGCCUUUGUUACUGCACGGGGACGAGGGGCGUGGCAGGAAGCGAAAUGCUGUCCUGUGCAUGAAUGCCCACCCCAUCCUAGGGUAUGGCGUGGAGACCAGAAAUCGGAAACGCAAAUUGCUUCACCGUGGCAAAGAACAACAGAUGAACUACACUGGGAACACAUAUGCGUCCAGGCUACUGCUUGCAAUGCUUCCAAAGGCGGUAUAUGACCUGCACCCAGAUUCGUUCUACCGACUUGUGGAAAUAAUUUCAAAGGACAUUUGCUCUUUGGCGGAGGAUGGCUUGAAAGGCCCUGACGGUUUGCAGUAUUGGUGUGUGAGCCUCUACACAAAGGGGGACUGGCCCUAUCUUUGUAAGAUCGGAAGACUGACAAGGAGCUUCCGGAACAUGCCUAAGCAGGCAUCCAGCAAGAAGGACUGCACAGGAAUAUGUCAUUUAUGCCUUGCGGGGAGGCCCCGCAUCCCAUUCGAGGAUUACAGUAAAAAUGGUGUCUGGCAGUUUUCAGUGCAAGAGGAAGAGCCUUGGCAACUACGCCCUGAGAUCCUCAGGUGCCCUCACGACGAGUCCUUCCCGGAAACGUUCUUCGCCAUUGACCCCUGGCACAGCUUUCACCUGGGCGAGGGUCGCAACUUAGUGGCCAACGCUGUCCAGCUCAUGCUUGACUUCGUUGAUGGUGAUUCGGUUGACCAGCAAUUGAACCUGCUUUACCUGGACUACAAGCAAUAUUGCAAGAGGAAUUCCAACCAGGUGUAUGCACUGCGUUUUACCAAAGAACUUUUUAGUUUGAACAAGAACGAUUACCCGACUGGCAGCUGGACGAAAGGAAACCUCACUACCAGCCUAGUGAAGUGGGUUGCGUACUUUUUCAGAUCAAAGAGAAAUACUUUUGCAGAAGGAUCUUUGCAUAUGAAGCUGGCUGCCUGGCAUGAUUCCUUUUUGCGUAGGGGGUCGAGGGGUGGAGUAGGCUUCUUCUGUGAUCCCAUAAAGUUUUUCCAUGUGGCCUGUAAGGCUGACGCUGCUGCGGCGAUAAACGAUUGCUUCUCCAAGCUUUAUUUGGCACCAUUGUGGGUGCCAAGGGGUGAAGCUUAUGUGAUUGCCAACCUUGGCUUCAAGUAUUUGGAGCUGUUCAUGGAACUAGCUAAGCAAAGCCGUGAGGAGAAUCGGAUGUUGUUCCUGCUGAAUCCGAAGGGACACAUGCUAAUGCACGUGUUCAAGACUAUGUUGUGGGAAGCUGACCUUGCAAGUGAGAUUCUGAAUCCACUCGCGAUGGGUGUCCAAUUGGAGGAAGAUCUAGUUGGCAAGACUUGCCGCCUGGUGCGUCAUGUGACCAAUGUGAGUUCUUCUUUUGCUAUGAAACGCACUUUUCAACGCUACCGAGUCUGCAGAGCUUCAGCACCGAAGACCUACAGCUGGUACCUCGGAUCGGAUGGGGAAGAGGUGAAACGAAAGAUGGAUCCAGCGACCCUGGAAGUCAUCGAUGGGUUGCCUUUGCUGUCCUCCAAGUCAGUGGGCUAUAGCUCCGACAUCGCGCAGGUCCGCGUGAUGCUGGAGGAGCAGCAUCCCAAUCUCCGGCUCCCGGAGGGCGUCACUUCGCUCAUCGUAGAGGUCGUGAGGCCCGAGGUGCAGGUCUGCGUGCCCUACAGUUAUCAAGGCUUCCGCUUGCUGGCAGUCAUGAAGGAGGGCGCUUGGCUUUGGGAGGACGCUGCGGAUGCCAUGGCACAGGAGCUGGGGAUGGAGCGUCCCAAGCGCUUGAGCUUUGAGCAUGUGAAGCCCCGAGGCUAUGGAGCCGGAGAGGCCCCGAGCCUCAGCGAUGUCAUGGCGAAGGCUCAGGCCUAUGUCAUGGGCGAAGAUCCUCAUACGUUGGAGGAGGGUUGGGUGGUGGUCUUCCGGAAUGGCCUGCGGCUGAAGGUGCAUACUGAGGGCUAUGAAAUAGUUGGUCUGGAGAAGAUUCUCCAUUUGGAGGGAGGCUUAUGAGCUCUUUGCUUGGGCGAGAGGCUUCUGCACCUCUCAUGCGCGAAAGAGGAUGAAGGAGACUCAGACGUGGAGCGAGGACGAACUGAAGGAGCUGGACGACGGGGAGAUUCUCCUGUAUCUACGAGUCCAGUUCGGUGCCAUCUCCGACGGCGCCAUCGACGAGAUCCAGCUGCCCUUCGAAGCUUUACGCUUCGA